AGCAGUACAGUAGAAUGUACAUUGUUAUUGAUGAUCUUUACCUAUCCGGCUAUCAUUAUUAUGCAGUAUGAUGUGAUAGUAGUGGGAGCAGGGGUGGAGGGAAGCUCUACUGCAUACCAGCUCAUCAAGAAUGGAGUCAGGAGAGUGCUACUUCUGGAGCAGUUUCAUGCGCGGCACACCAGAGGAAGCUCUCACGGUGGGUCCAGGUGUACUAGGCAAGCAGUGACCAGUCAUCUGAGGGAAUUCUCUAGAAUGGUCACCCUCUCUAUUGACAUGUUUGCUGAGUUACAGAGAGAGAAUGGGAAGCAGCUUUAUUGUCCAAUAGAUGUGCUCAGUUUCAACUCAGGCAGUGACCCUGUGCUAAACCAGACUAUUAGCCGCCUCAAGAAAGAUGGUAUACCUAGCACAGUCAUUUCAGCAAAGGAGAUCAAUCAGCGCUACUCCUCACGACUGUGUGUGCCUGAGGACUACAUUGGUCUCAUUGAGCCAGACAUGAAGCUCCUAAACAUGACAGCAAUAUUGUGUCUCUUCCAGGACUUGUUUGUGCGCGGAGGUGGUGUGCUGCUUGACAACCACUGUGUGACGGACAUUGUUCCUGGAGACAGGGUGAUUGUGAGAACUAACAAGGGUGACUUCAUCUCACGGAAGGUGGUCAUCACUGCAGGAGCCUGGGCCCCCAAACUCAUCAGCAAGCUCGGGGUGCAGUUGCCUAUCAAGAUAUUAAGAGCUGAGGUACUUUAUUGGAAGGUGGAUAAUCCAGAUGAUUUCAAACCUGAGGUGUUUCCGUGGGUGAUAUACGAGAGAGGCAAGGAGCACUGCUUUGUUUUCCCUGAGUUUGAAUACCCUGGCAUGAUUAAGGUAUACCAUCGCACGUAUCGUGACAUAGAGGUUGAUGAUCGUGAUGAGGGAGGGGCUGGACCAGAGUCGGUGGAGAAGGUGGUCCGGUUCAUCAGAACUUACCUCAGAGGAGUCGCUACUACACCAGCCAUCUUUGAGCCUUGUGUCUACUCCAUGACCGACGAUAGGCUGCCCAUCAUUGACCAAGUUCCUGCACACCCCAACAUCGUGUUUGCUGCUGGCAUGUCAGAGCGUUCUGACAAUCAUCCCUGCAGGCAGAGGGGCUAUGAUUUCUCCCACAGUUGGACUAUUGCUCACUGAAAUGACACUUGACAAAUCGUUGUCCUUUGAUCUCACAGCGUUUAGAGUAGCCAGGUUUUUUAAACCAAAGCUUUAAAUUUUGUGCGUUUUGUGUUUUGUUUUCUAACAUUCAUUCAUACACACCUCGUGUGCUCAUGUUCUGAUUGUGAUCCCUGGCCUAUAAUAAUUUAUAUCUAAGCUG